AUGGCUCCUAAAAUUCAACGUAAUUAUUGCCCAGAAUGUUAUCAAAGUUUAAAAAAUAAUACUCAUUGGUGCCAACUAUGCCAAGCACGACAUUUUGAAGAGAACGCUGAUAACUGGACAACUGGCCAUAAAACUCUCGAUACAUUUCUUCUCGAGACGCAAAAAAAUGCUAAAGAAUGCACCGAGUAUCUAGAGUAUAUAGAUUUUGAUGGAAUUAUUGGUAUAUCGAAAUACGAUAUAGCGGAAUUAGGUGAAGUUUAUACCGGAAAUUGGAAGAGGGGUCCCGUUGAUUCAUGGGAUGAGAAUGAAGAACGAUUCGUAUGUAGAAGAGAAUUAAUAAGGGUAGCAUUGAUUUCACUGACGACAGAGCCGCGCGAUUUUCUUAAAGAGUUGGACAUUCAUUAUCGGGCAAGAAAGAAUAAUGGUUUGAUGAUGCGAGUGUUCGGAGUGACACGUGAACAAAUCACUGGGAAAUAUAUGAUGGUGGCAGAAACAAAUGAAUGGGAUUUACGACAUUAUGUGUCACAUCACUUUGUCCGUCUAAAUUGGACUCAAAAACUUGCAAUUCUUCAUACACUCGCAUUAGGAUUAAUCAACCACCAUCAACAGAACAGCAUCGACAGCGACGAUUACAAUAUGAACAAUAGUGAAUUCGCAAAUAACAAUAAUAUCGUAAAAUCACAUUUAGAAUUACGUGUCAAUGAACUUGGUCUUGGUGACUGUAAGGACUUUAUGCCUAUAAUUGGUUAUUACAGAAAUGAUCUACUUCCGCUAUUUGCCCCAGAGAUUAUAUUACAUGGGAAAACUCAUACUAAAGAAUCGGAAGUUUAUACGUUUGGUCUAUUGAUGUGGGAAUUUGUUAUCAAUCGUCCCCCAUUCUAUGAAAUACCACAUGAUUCGGAAUUUGUCAGACGACUCUCAACAGGAUUGUAUCCAAAAACACCAUCAUGCGCACCAAAUUGUUACACCCAACUAAUGCUCCAAUGUUGGCAUAGUAACCCGCAUCUGCGUCCGUCAAUGCAAGAUAUUGCACAAAUGCUGAGUGAAUGGAGAUUCCAAACUUUCGAAAAAGAAGCAUUCGCAAAAGUAGAACGACGCCGAAUUCGUGACCUAAAAUCACGCGGUCAAGAUCCCUUUGGAGCAAUGUUAAACCCACAAAAAACGCAUCCGCAGGCAAUAUAUGCAUGCAGGCAUAUAAAAUUACCAAAUUUCUCAUCAAUAAAUCGGCAUCGACCGCUAUUUGAGAGCAUACCCGACUCGAGUCGAAAGUCGGCCGAAGCUACGGUAAAAGACGAGAGUUUCUUUAUUUCAAAGUCUAUUCUACAAUUUCGGGAAAAAUUUCCGGAAGUUGAACUGGAACCCGAAGACGAAGAUUUAAGUAGACAGUAUGAUGAGCUGUCGCUAGAUUUCCCUCCGGAAAUUUUAGCAAAUUAG